AUGGAUAUUGGAAGAAGAAACACUCGGAAAUACAAUUUUAGAUGUCCCGAUCUCAUGGAGUUAAGGAAGCUAUCACCUUUUAUGAAUGAUCCUAAGGAUUUCAGAGACCGUUUCGGAAGACUUCUAUCUAUUCUAUCUACUGAUGUUGAGGAUGGUCUUAUUUGUACUUUGGUUCAGUUCUAUGAUCCUGUUUACCAGUGUUUCACUUUCCCCGAUUAUCAGUUGUUUCCUACCAUGAAGGAGUAUGCUUAUCUUUUGGGUAUACUAGUUUAUGAUAGAGUUCCUUUUAGUGGGGUGGAAGGAAUUCUUGAGUCUCGAGUUAUUGCCGAAGCUAUUCACCUGAGGAAAUCUAACAUAGAUGUUAAUCUCACUGUCAAAAGAGGUAUCAGAGGGUUUACUUCAAAAUUUUUGAUUGAGAAUGAUUUUUCUUUUACUAAUGCUAAUAGUAUGGUGACCUUUGAAACUAUUCUUUCCUUACUCAUCUAUGGUUUGGUCAUGUUUCCCAAUAUUGACAAUUUUGUUGAUGUUAACACUAUCAGGAUCUUUUGGGUUGGAAAUCCUUCUCCUACCUUCAAAGAAAACAAGGAUUGUUUAAGGUGGUCUCAAAGACUUAUGUCUUUCACCAAUGAUGAUAUACCUUGGUAUUCUUCUGCUUACGAUGACGUCGAUGUUAUUGAUAGUUGUCAGGAGUUCUCUAAUGUGCCUCUUCUUGGUAUACAAAGAGUAAUCAAUGGUGGUGAUUAUCCGCAAGUAUACAGAGAAAUUAAAAGAAAGAUUGAAUUGAGAGAAAUAAUACUGGAAUGUGAUUCAUUUCGAUCUAAUAGUACUCCUACUGUCUAG